UUUUUUUUUUUUUUUUGUUUCGCGAGCUGGCCACUGAAGAAUCAAGGCGACAACUUAUUGUAGUGACUUCGCAGACGCGUUAGGGCCACUAUGUUGGCUUUUCCCUGAGCUACGUCCGAAGCGAGUCCAGCUUGCUUUACCUGCACCCUUACGCCGACCGUAAAGCCUUUGUUGCUUUUCGCCCUGAUCCAAUCCCUUUCAUCCUUUCACGCAUAAACAGAUCUCUGAUUAUCGCGAGGCCAGACUUUGACGCCCCCCAAGUCAUCGCUCCUAAUUCCGCUACGCGCGCUUUCGUCUGCUGCGCUCGGCGUCCUCUACCAGGGAGUCGCAAGUCCAUCUUCCUCCCCCAGCAAUUCGGAAGAGCGACACAGACAAAAGUACCGAAAGCUACGCAAGCCCUGAAACUAAGGGAACGGAGAUGUUGGGUCAGAUGAUCGGGCGCAAGCGAACCGCGAGCGAAAUGGAGGACGACGCUUUUGAAAAACAAGGAACAAGACAGGGUUCUGAAGGAGGAUAUACUAAUGAACCCGACCCUUCCCUGUACACGGUCAUUUUCCCUUUAACGCCUCGGCGCAAGAGAAUUCUGGAAGAGAAGGAGAAGGAUGCCAAAAUCCUCCGUGUCUACCCGGAGAAACUGUCGUACUUGGCAAUUGACUUUGCUGUGAUACCGGGCUCCCGUUGGGAUAGCCUUCAGAGAUAUAAAAAUGUAAUGGUGGGAGCCCACAAUGGUACCGAAAUCGCCAUCGGCUCCUUCGCAUAUGUCAAUCGCCACUUAUCUCCGCCACCUGCGCCUUCGGAGGACGCAUCAGAGGAGGAGAAACUAGAGCAUGACAAGGCCAAUUACUAUGUGGCCCUUCUAUCUGAAAUCAGAGCCUCCGGCCCCUCAAUGGUCUCCUUGCGGGUCUUCUGGCUGUACUGGCCAGAAGAACUACCCAUGGGACGACAGCCAUACCACGGCAAAAGAGAACUGGUGUUGAGCAAUCAUGUUGAUAUCAUCGACGCGGAAACAUUAGCGGCGAUUGCUGAAAUCAGCCGUUGGGACGAGAAUGACGACUCCCACGAAACGAGGCUUGGUGAGGGAUACUGGCGCCAAACUUAUGACGUCAGUAAAGCGGCCCACGAUCCUCGGGCGCUCAGCAAGCUCCAAAAGCACUGCAUCUGCAGAGGCUACGAGAAUCCCGACCUGGAGAUGUAUAAGUGCCCGGGCUGCCAGACGUGGAACCACGAAGCUUGCUUGAUUACCGCGAUGGAACAGAGGGCGUGGGAGCGGUUCGAGACGGGGACUCUGACCAACGAACUUGGAGAGGGGGCAGAAAACGGAACUUCGAGUCGAAAACCCUCUAAGAUGACUCAGCGUGCCCUCCGGUUGAUAUUGAAGGGCGAGAAGCCAUGGGCAGGUAAACUGGAGGGCAAGAUCUCUCGAGGCGACGAGAUCGGCGUAGAUGAAGACAUCCACGUUGCAACGAUCCGGCAACUGGUGCCUCAAGGCAAGGAUGGACCCGUGGUAUGGCGCAUGGAGAUGAAUUGCCUGCAAUGCAACCAACCGUUAAACCGAACACUAGUACGGAAGUGGCCGGGUAUGAGCUGAGUAUGCAUUGUAUCGAUCUUCACUGGGGUGGCACUCGCAUUUCCACAACUUCCCUGGCAGGGGAAUUCGAUGGGUUCCAAUCCGUUUGAGCACUUGAUUGUGGUGGUGAGGGCUGGAUAGCGGUCAUAUAAUGAGUCACAAGACAAUUACAUGACGCGGGACCGGCACCACGAGGAGCUGAAUGGAUUCUUCACUGACCUUCUGUUUCUGGCGCAUUUUCCACCACCUGCAGCAUUCUUUCUUUGUAAAUCAACAUAACUAUUCUAUUAUCCUUCGGACUUCCUGGUACGCCUGGUGUAAUGGGCGCGAGAGGGGCCACCUGAGAGCCUUAACAUUGGUUGUUCAGCCUAACAAGACCCUCACUUUUCUCUCGCCACUCCGCCUAUAUCGACAUGUUUCCACAGCCCGACCACUUCGAAGCCCUUGCUUCCUCGCGAUAUUUAGAGUCUCACAACCAAUAUCAUUACCUUGAUUCACAGGGACGACGGACCCCAAAGAGAAAGUCGAGGCGGCAGCCGAGCAGCUCGAGCCGGAAAAUGGUGCUCUGCCGGGGGCAAUUGGACCUCCAGAGAAAGCGGCCGUACAGGAUGACACCCCUUCACCUACGUCAUCCAGCGACCCAGCAUCAGGGAAGUUUUCCAGACCAGGCAAAUGAUCUCACCGUUGCGAAAGCCGCGCGACCCGUGGGUCACCGGUCGAGGACUUAGCUCUCGAAAAGCCAGCGCUGGACAGAACAAGAUUCAGAGCCUCCGGGUUCUUCAAAAGUCGAACUGUCACUGUCAUAUUCUCCCUAUGCAUGGCCCUGUUUCUGGCUACUCUGGGCGUUAUCAUCAUCACUAUACCUAGGUUGGUAGUGCACAUCUGCUUGCAAACGCUGCAAGCGUCCGUCUGUGGGGCAAAGUCUUCGAUAUCCUCAACGCAGCCCUCCAAUCCAAACGUCC